AUGGCCAGGAAUGAAAAUCAGGGAUUAUCAUCAAAGUCUAAGAAGGGUAUCCUUCAGCUGGGAGACAAUAAUUCUUUAUUGGCUGAAAACAAAUUGUUAUCUCAACAAAUGGCAAGUUUGACUUCAAGGCUUGACAAGAUGCAAAUUGCUGGCGUUCAGGUUAAAUCUGUGGCCUUUGUUUGUGAUUAUUGCCAGGACAAUCAUGAACCUAAUGAAUGUCUUGCUCUUACUUUUUCUGAUUCUCCUCAACAAAUGCAGAGGAGAAGUCAAGGACCUGAUAUGGAUUUCAAGCCCAACAAUUAUGCUCAGCCUUCACAAAGUCAACAAAGAGAGCCUGCUGAGCGGGAAAAAUGUAGUGGAAGAGAUAACUCAGCCUUUGCACAAAUGACCAAGACUUCUAAUGAGAUAGCUCAGACCACUAAUGCUUUUAUGGAAGAGACUAGAGCUCAGAAUAAAAAUACAAAUGCUUCCAUAAAGAAUCUGGAGAAUCAAAUAGGCCAACUGGAAAAGCAGGUCUCAGAAAGAAUUCAAGGUACUUUUCCAAGUAAUACAGUUACUAAUCCAAGGGGAGAUUGUAUGUCCAUUAUUACUAGAAGUGGCAAGGUGGUAGCAUCUCCUAAAAAUCCAAAUAUAGAGUGUGAAGGAGAUGAAGAGAAACAUGAUGCGACAGUUGAAGCUGAAAAAGAAGUUGAGAUACCUGUGGAGACUGUGAAGCCAGCAGAGAAGGAGAAAGUAAAGGCAAAAGAACAACAUGUAGUGGUUGAGAAAAAGCAUGAGUUGAGUCCUGAGUAUGUCAGGGCUAUGGCACCAUAUCCUGAGAGAUACAAGAAAGAUGCUCAGAACAAGCAAAGAUUGGCGAGUAUGCCAAAUUAUGCCAAGUUCAUGAAGGAUCUCUUAUCAAGGAAACAUAAGCUACAGGAAUGUCAAACUGUGACACUUACUGAGAAGUGCAGUGCAUUUAUUCAACAAGAUAUUCCUCCAAAGCUUAGUGAUCCAGGGAGUUUCAAUAUCCCCAUUGCCAUUGGUAAUAUUGGUAUUGGCAGGGCUUUGUGUGAUCUUGGGGCAAGUAUCAAUCUGAUGCCUCUCUCUGUUUAUAAAUCUUUGGGGAUCAAGGAAUUGAAGUCUACGGAGGUCUCUCUCCAACUUGCUGAUAGGUCCUUAAGAACACCCAAUGGCAUUAUUGAAGAUGUUCUGGAAGGAAGUGAAAAACCACUUCUCUUGGGUAAACCUUUCUUGGCUACAACUCGUGCUUUGAUUGAUGUCGAGCAAGGGAAAAUUAAAUUGAGGAUGAAUGAUGAAGCGAUCACUUAUAAUGUUUCUGAUGCUAUGAAAAGACCUUUUGAGUAUAGUGAUUGUUUCCAAAUCGAUGUCUUUCAAGAGAUAGUACAACAAAAGAAAUCUCGCCCUCAAGAGCUUGAUCAUGAACUGAAAGCCCGUGACCAUGUUCCCUUUGAAGAAAAGGAAGUUGUUGUAGAAGUGCUUGAAGAAAAAGCUGAUGAUAUAGAAGUUGGAGCACCUAAAGUUGAAUUGAAGAAUUUGCCCAACACUUUGAAAUAUAUUUUCUUGGGGGAUGAGGAAACUUACCCGGUAAUCAUUAAUAAAGGGUUGUCUUCUAACAAAGAGAGGAGGUUGAAAGAAGUUAUGAAGGAGCAUAAGACUGCCUUGGGGUGGUCUAUUUCUGACUUGAAGG